CCGGAUCUCAGAAGGCAACGCUUCUCAGCCGAAGCCAGAAAUUUCAGUCUCCACUCACCAAGAAAGUUUGUUUAACGGCAAGAUGGCCGGCGGCGGAGACCACCACCACCACCACGCAGAUGGGGCACACGGCGGAGAUUUCAGGGCCAAAGUGUGGAGCAUGACGGGAGGGGCCAACUGCCGCCCCAAGCACUGGAAGCGCAACACCGCCGUCGCCAUGGCCGGCAUCGUCCUGAUCUGUAUCCCCAUCGCCAUGAAAUCUGCCCAGAUUGAGCAACGUCCACAUCUUCCUGUGCGCCCAAUUCCCUCCCAGAUGUGGUGCAAAAAUUUUGGAAACAAGGACUAUUAGUUCUUUGAAAGAGGAAAAUUCUUUCCCCUCGCAUGGGCAUGUAAUAAGAAAUUACUGGAUUUGUUCAUUUCGUGAUAUUCCGAAAAUCUCAAGUUUCAGAUGCAAACAGAGUUGGCUUGUUUUAGAUUCUAGUUUUAUUUAUGUGAUGUGGAAAGAAAGUGGAAAAUAAAUAACAUUGUUGCUUCGCUUUGUAGAUUGACUAGAUUUCGUGGAAGAAAUUUAAGUCAGUACCCUUCAAUCGAAAUUAAACUCUAUUGUACUGGUAUUGUAUUUUCCUUGUGGGCUGUGGCCUUCCAAUAUAAUGGUCCACUUAUUCAGUGA